UUAUCAAUUGUUGGGUUAUUCGGGCUAUUUAUUAGUUUAAUUAUAACAUAUUAGUGAAUAUGGGUGACAAAAUUGCGUAAUUAUUGACUUUGAGACGAACAACGGUUAAAAAAAUAUAUGGGACACGUGGAUUUGGUAAAAAAUCGAAUAACUGUAACAACAAUAACUUAACCAAUUAUCACAUUGGCAAUGUUUGCAAAACAGGGAUGAAAUAUAGACUCUUUCAUUUAGUUCUUCUUGAAUGUUUGAAUCGUCAAUCGCAUGCGACGCUUCGCCAAAUUAAGUGCAGAAAAAUGAUCUUAAACUAUGUCAUCCUCCUCGCGUGUGCGUUAAUGGUACAUUGCAAAAACAUCCCCGACAAUAACACCGCUAUUAUAUCAACGUAUGCCAAAGUGGCGCACUGGGGCGCCGUUCCAUCCACGACGCAAAAACCGCAAUCCGAGGGUAGAAGUCACAACGGCCAAACCCUAUGGACCCACAGAUCGGACGUUAACAUAAUUGGUGGUCAAAACCUAAAAUCGUCGAAACCCUCCGUAGUCUACCAAUACCCCGUCCAAAAAGUCGGCAAAGUCAAACCCGAAACUGUCCCAGCAGUUGGCGAAGUCCAAGAACGAUUCAACCCCCGCCCUUACUUCGACUACACCCAAGUGCCGUCAAAACCCAAAAACGACCCAAAACCGAAGGACUCGCCCCCAACCCCAACUUUCGACAGUUUUCCCGUCUUUAACAAACCGCAGUCCCCGCCCCCGACCGAUCUUUACUCCUCACAGUACAACUCGUACAACCCUCCCCACACAGGUCCUGUCGCACCUCCUGACGACAAACCUGAUGUGGCUUACCCCCCAAACGGUCCUCCACCUCCCGACAACACCGACGCUACUCCUGACGACUCCAAUGGCUAUUCGUACAACCCACCCCAAGACACGCCUCCGGAACUUCACGGACCGCCUGCGUAUCCAUCGCUUGGACCCCCAUUAGCCCCCAAUGACGACCACUACCCCCCAAACGACAACAAUGGGCAUAAGGAGCAAGUCUACUACCCUCCCUCUGGCAAUGGUGAUAACGGCCACCAAGAGACCAUUCUCGACCAUCCUCCUCCCGGCUGGGAGGAUGGUAAAGACAUGGGGGGACCCCCGGCACCACCCCAAAUGAACGGCCACGACAUGGCCGAACACGACCUAUCGCCACCCCCAUCCCCCGAUUUUGGCGGCCAAUUUCCCCAAUAUCUCUACAACGGGCCAAAUGGAGGCCAUGGUCACGAUAUUGACUAUGACUUUGACCACCACCACGUCUACAAGGAAAUCACCACGACGGAAGCCCCCGAAGACGAACGUGUCAAUAAGGGGCACUAUAGUUACUAUUAUUUAGGCAGAAAAUUGUGGUACAUCCCUUUGUACUUUAGUGUUUAUUUUAUUAUUUAUGUAACAGUCCUAAUUCUUAAAUCGAUCGCCAGACACAAAAUACAGUUCAAACAUGAGCAUUUUCAUCGAGAUAUGUCAAAAGAUAUGGACCACCAUGGUCGGUCGCUGAAGAUUGACGAACUCCAUGAAAAUGUUACUGAGGGGAUUGAGAAAACUAGGAGGAAAAUUGCUUUUGUCGCCAUGUAAAUGAACUUGUAAAAACUAGUUAUAAUAAAGAUUUUGACACAAAA